UAAAAAAUAAAAAAAAAUCCCAAAACGAUAAAACGCGAGUACCAAUUGAAAUCAACUCCCGCCUCAAAUUUGUCCUCUGCAAAGCGCUAAUUCCAUGCAUGUGCAUCAGUCCAUUCCACCACCACCACCGUCAUCUUUUCCUUUCAACCAAUCGAUCGUCACCGUCCAUGUACCACUGCUGCCCGAGACUCGUAGAACUACCUUCAAACUCCACGCCAUUUCCUUUGCUUCAUCAAAGAAAGAUAUCUGGCGGAGACAACCAUCAUUGCCCAAUGAAACGACGCCGUCCUCGUCCGACUUCCCCCGCCAAACUUACCACCGAAAGCAAAACGACGGCUCCUACUUGGACCGCAGUGUCAACAUGGACGAGCUCUUAUCAUCCAUUGGCCAGUCUAAAAAUGAGCAUGAAUUGUACGCUUUAAUGUCACCCUACAGAGACCGAAGCCUGUCCAUAAGGUUCAUGGUCACGCUCCUCUCGCGUGAGUCGGACUGGCAACGCUCCCUUGCUUUGCUCGACUGGAUCAACGAGGAGGCCCUCUACACUCCCUCCGUCUUUGCCUACAACGUCGUGCUCCGUAACGUACUGCGGGCUAAGCAGUGGCAGCUAGCAUACGGGCUGUUCGACGAAAUGCGUCAGAGAGCUCUCUCACCCGAUAGGUACACGUACUCCACUCUCAUUACCCAUUUUGGAAAGGAGGGUCUUUUUGAUGAUGCUUUAUCCUGGCUUCAGAAGAUGGAAAAUGAUCGGGUGUCCGGUGAUCUGGUUCUGUAUAGUAAUUUGAUUGAGUUAUCGCGUAAAUUAUGUGACUACUCCAAGGCCAUUUCUAUUUUUUCAAAAUUGAAGAGUUCAGGAAUUACCCCUGAUCUUGUUGCAUAUAAUUCCAUGAUCAACGUGUUUGGAAAAGCUAAGCUUUUCCGCGAAGCAAGGUUGUUGAUUACCGAGAUGAAGUCAGUUGGUGUUGUUCCUGACACCGUAAGUUAUUCUACGCUUUUGAGUAUGUAUGUUGACAACCAGAAGUUUGUGGAGGCAAUCUCUGUAUUUUCUGAGAUGAAUGAGGUUAAGUGCCCACUUGAUCUUACAACUUGCAACAUCAUGAUUGAUGUGUAUGGGCAGCUUGAUAUGGCCAAGGAGGCAGACAGGCUGUUUUGGAGCAUGAGGAAGCUGGGGAUUGAACAGAAUGUUGUUAGUUACAAUACACUUUUGAAGGUCUAUGAGGCUGAGCUUUUUGGGGAAGCAAUACAUUUGUUUAGGCUGAUGCAGAGGAAGGACAUUGAACAGAAUGUUGUCACAUACAACACCAUGAUUAAGAUUUAUGGGAAGACACUGGAGCAUGAGAAAGCAAAUAAUCUUAUUCAAGAGAUGCAGAGGAGAGGGAUCCAGCCUAAUGCCAUUAGUUAUUCGACCAUUAUAUCAAUAUGGGGCAAGGUAGGGAAAUUGGAUCGAGCGGCAAUGCUAUUUCAGAAGCUGCGAAGCUCUGGGAUUGAGAUUGAUCAGGUUCUUUACCAGACAAUGAUUGUUGCAUAUGAACGAGCUGGCUUGGUUGGUCAUGCCAAACGCUUGCUACAUGAGCUGAAAUGCCCUGAUAAUAUUCCUAGGGAAACAGCAAUCACUAUUCUUGCUCGAGCUGGACGAAUAGAGGAGGCCACAUGGGCUUUCCGGCAGGCGUUUGAUGCUGGAGAAAUUAAAGACAUAGCAGUUUUUGACUGCAUGAUAAAUCUAUUCUCCAGAAACAGAAGACACGCAAAUGUAAUUGAGGUGUUUGAGAAGAUGAGAAUAGCUGGAUAUUUUCCUGAUUCUAAUAUGAUCUCUUUGGUCCUGAAUGCUUAUGGCAAGUUGCAGGAGUUUGAGAAGGCUGAUUCUCUAUACAGGGAAAUGCAGGAAGAGCAAUUUUUUUCUGAUGAAGUUCACUUUCAGAUGCUAAGUCUUUAUGGUGGAAGAAAAGAUUUUGAAAUGGUUGAAUCCCUGUUUCAGAAACUGGACUCUAAUCUGAACAUUAACAAGAAAGAGUUGCAUCUGGUUGUGUCCAGCAUAUACGAAAGAGCUGGCAGAUUAAAUGAUGCGUCACGAAUCAUGAGACUGUUAAGUGAGAGGGGAAUUCUUAGGUCGUGAUCCUUGCAUCCAGUUGUACUUGUCAAUCCUUAAAGGGAGAGUUACUUAACCUGUUGUAAGCUACUACAUCUUAAUCCAUUUACCUGUAGAUAUCAUCUGUCAGAUCCUUCUUUGGUUACUUCCUUGCAUCACAAACCAUAAUAUAUACAUAAAGUUUUAGGUAAACAUGCCACCUCAUAAAUAUUUUCCUAGGUAUUAAUGUGUUCUAGUGAAAGAAUGGUUUUGUGCAGCCAUUGGAAGUCUUCAUUUUUUGCCAUGCAUUUGGUCUAUUUAGUUAUGCAGAGGGAUGGAUUUUGCCAUGCAUUUGGUCUUUGGUGGAGUGAAGGAACUCUUUGCCUCCCUAUGCAAUUUUUUACUCCUGAUGGGAACUUCUGAUGCAAUAGUUUGCAGUAGCAGACAUUAGUGCAAUUAUUAAGAAAUAAUGGAAGGACAUUUUAUAGCAUUACAAAUAUUCACAGCUCUUUUUCAUUGAUAAAACAUUUGAAAUUCAAUUGCGGCAACGUUCCUUGGAUUGCUCUCUGCCACCUGCUCUACCGGUUAUGAGAAAUCCCUAAAUGAUGAUUCCGAUCUGGACAGCAAUUGAAGUUUUGGGAAAUGAGUAUUUAGCAGGAGAAAUUGCAAGUGGUUAGGAAGUAUUACUUAUGUCAUAUAGUAUUGUAUGUGUAAUUUUUAUGUACCUGGAGUAACGGGCGUCCUUAGUUUCCACAUAUGAUCGUCUGUCGUCCACCAUUGCCUCGAAGGGCAUGUCUUCAUAAUCCUGAAAAAACAUUCACCUCUGGUUGAAUCCCAAAAGCGUGUGAUCUGAAUUGGCAACAACUUGAGGUAGAUUUCCCACUGAAUUGUUACUUGUCAUCAUAUCACAAGAAGGGUCUCUGGGGAUAUAAAUAGGUUCCAAACCCAGUAAAGAUUUUGUCAAAUGAUCAGUAGAGUCGAGAUGACGAACAGCAUCAUCGCCAUCAGAAUGAUGUUGAGAAAACAGCGGAGCAUCAGUAAUACAGUUGUGGAUGCCAAGUCUUACCGUGGCUGCGCAGAACACUCGGAAGAAUAGGACAAUUGUCUAUUAUUGGAAAAUUUUUGGCCAUGGACAGCCAGCUGUGAAUACACAUAGUGAAGCUAGUCGUAAUUGUGGACGAAGUUGGCAGAUGAUCCCAGCACAGCCAUGAACAGGGUAUCUUCCACGCAUGCCUGACUCGUAUUUGAUGGCCUCUUCCUUUUUGUUUCAUGAGUGUUUAAUUGCUCUAGCAUCUUAACAAUUUUGGACACCCCAAAAAGCCGAUGUGCAUUUUGGAAAGCGUUGUGUUGAUUGGCAGGAAAAUAUGCAGUCCGAUGUGCACUUUCUCCUUUGGUAUUUGCAUGCAGCACAGGCUGGGCUUGUGCCACCUUUUACAGUCAUGUUACUGCUAUCUACAGUUGAGUAUAUGUAAACCGGAGCAGUAGAUAGGGCGAGAAUGUAAAUGGAGAAUUAUGAAAAGAGAGGGUAAAGUCUGUGGCAAUGGACUGGAAGGAGGUCGGGCGAUUAGGCAAUGCAAAUAUUCAUUUGGACCAUUAUCAAUUUUGGGAGACAAUAUCAGUCUAUUGAGGGGUGUUCUUCAACGCUUCUUAAACUAGAAAACAUCAGAUAAACAGCAGUCAGAACUAGAGAUGUCACAGGUUUGUAGGACCAGAGUCCCUUAAAAUUUACUUACAAGGGGAAAAAAAAAAAAACUACUCCUGUUGUGAUUUACAUGUGGAGGCUUGCAAAAAAUUAAGCGGCUUCCACCGGAUGAGAUGACAACCCCUGCUUUUCGCAACUCUCUCCUCCUCAUCAUGUUUCAUGUAUUUGCAAAUAUAUGCGCAUCGUAGUAGGCUUUUCUUGCAAUCAUCCACCAUUGCAAUAUCAUCAAUCCCCGCCCGCAUAGAAAUUGAUACAUUCUUCUUGACUGAUGAUAUUUGUCUAGCCGAUAGGGAUUUGGUUUUCACACGUCUUUAAACGAUAACCAGAAUUUUGUGUUGCAGAAGAUCCUUUUUAAUCGAAUCGCAGGCAUAGGCUUAGCAAUGGAGCUUUUAGCAGGGGCGAAAAUCAUCCGUCUUCGAACGCACAAAGGGAAGUAUCUAAUAGCUGGCGACGAUGAAGAAUCCGUGCGCCAAGACCGCGACGGUUCGAUGAAGCAGGCACGUUGGACGGUUGAGUUUGUUGAUGGCAAUGAUGGUGUUCGCCUCAAAAGCUGCUACGGAAAUACCUGACUGCCACAAAUGAGCCCAUUGUUCCCAGGACGAAGGGGCACAAGGUUCUUCAGACUCUCCCGACGCGAUUGACUUCCGCAAUUGAAUGGCAGGUCGAAAGACAGGGAUCUGAGUUGAGAUUCAAAACACAUUAUGGACAAUUCUUGCGUCCCUAUGGAGGUUUGCCGCCUUAUAGAAACAGGGUUGGACAUGACGUACCCUGUAGAACACAUACGGAAGACAAAAUUCUAUGGGAAUUGGACAUUUUGGAGAGCGUAGACUCCGUCAAAUCACAGGAGAAUGCAAUCCACUAGCACCAUUUUAUUUACCGAUUCUGUGCGCCCCAUGUCCCAAAAUUCAAAAUUGGCGAUGCUUCACAUCUUUGAACGACGUCUCUUUCAUUGAUCCAAGAUUUUCUGCAACCUCAAAACGCCAUGCAAAUCCAACUGCAAUUGAGGAGAGCUACGAAGUUGGGAAUGGAGAUCAUUCUCACCGACUCGGAUCUUUUCUGUUCAUUUUGUUGAUGUAAUAACCCAAAAAAAUGCACUCCAUCUCCACGUUACGAAACGAUAACGAUUACUAUUCACUUCC